AAUGUGGAUUUUUAGUACAAAGAAAACUAAAACCAAGCUGACCAGAAAGACUGGAAUUUCAGCUCUCUCUCGCCCCCUCAUAGGAUUUCUCUCUCUCUCUUUCUGCAAGCCCUUUAAAUCAGAGAUUACUGGGUCAGUGACUUUCAUUAUCCCUCUUAUACCAGUAUCCUCUUGUCUUCAAGCUCCUGAAGGAAUUUUGCUACCUGAUUAGCAGACAUUUAAAGCACUCUGAAAGCACAUCCAUCAUUUUGGUCACGAUUGAUCAAAGGGAUUUAUUAAAAUCUAAGAACACUUUGAAAGGCGCUCUUGUCCAAACUCCAAUCACAAGGACACAUCUUAACAGAAAACAUACAGUACAUUAUUGCCUGUGACUAAAGUUGUUCGCCUUGAUUAUAUGGUGAAACUCUGCUGGAGAACGAAGAGAAGACCUCUUUUGUUUAGGACUUUUACUAGUUAAAGGGAACUGGAUUUCCCUAAUAAUAUGAAGCCUUUUAAGAAUAGCUGUUUGUUUCCACUGCUCGCCAUUAUCCUGAGAUGCGUCUGCUCCUCCUUCAUCAGUGUCAACCUUGGGGUGAAAGUGAUGAAGGGCCAGUCUGUCUUCCUGACAGAAGAUGACCUGCAGUUUUCCAUCCCCAGAGAGAAAGAUGCUUGCAAAGUGGAAGUUGUGAUUAAUGAGCCAAUAACACAGAGGGUUGGGAAACUAACUCCGCAGGUAUUUGACUGUCAUUUCCUUCCUAAUGAAAUCAAGUAUACUCACAAUGGCUGUCCAAUUUUAGAUGAAGACCUGGUCAUGCUUAGGCUGUACAGAUUUACAGAAACUGAAACAUUCACAGAAACGUUCAUCCUUCAAGUGCAAUUACUUGAGCCAGAUUGUAAUAUCAUCAAAAUGAGCACCAAUGUGCUGGAGGUCCCUGAGUUUUAUGGCCUGUCCAGGGAGAUUGACAAGAAUGUGCUCACUUUUGACUAUGACAAGAAGACAAACCUGGAGUGCACCAUCAGACUGGCCUCUUUAGAAACUCUUCUACCAGCCCAUGGUCAACUUGUCACUGGAGAACCUCAGCAAGAAGAUCCUCGUGGAGAUCAACCUCAUAGCCUCUUCCCUAGAUCCAAGCACAGAACAAGCCAAAAGUGCAGGAGUGGGAACUGUGUUCCAGAACUGAAGAUGAUUCAGAACACCAAAAUGAGCUGUGAGGAAUUUUUGCUGGUGGGAAUUAGAUAUCAGCAUCUUGACCCUCCUUCACCCGACAUUGAUUAUAUUCCUAUCAGGAUGGACCUCACAGACAGCAGAAGCAAAACUCUGCACAAGACAGAGCAUGCAUGGCUCCCUGUCCGAAUCAAAGGUGCUAUUCCCAACCAAAUCCCCAGAGCUGCCUUCAUGGCUAUGUUCAUCCUGGAGGUGGAUCAGUUUAUUUUGAGCCCCAUGACAACAACAACGGUGGAUGCUGAAGACAGUGAAACACCCAAAUCCCUGCUAGUGUUCAACAUUACCAAGCCACCCCUACAAGGCUACAUCACUCAUCUGUUAGACCAUACCAAGCCUAUCACCUCCUUCACGUGGAAAGAUCUCAGUGAGAUGCUUAUAGCAUAUCAGCCUCCAAACAACAGCCAUACAGAAAGGAGGAAUUAUGAGGUGGAGUUAGAGGUUCAUGACUUCUACUUUGAAAGGAGUUCACCAAUCACUGUGCAUAUCUCCAUCAGAACAACAGAUACAAAUGCUCCUCGGGUUUCAUGGAAUACAGGCCUCGAUCUCCUGGAAGGGCAGUCCCGACCAAUCACAUGGCAACAGUUUCAAAUAGUGGACAAUGACAACAUCAGAGGUGUUCGCUUGGUCACAGUUGACGGCUUACAGCAUGGACGGCUCACUGUAAGAGGAGGAAAGGGAUUCAUGUUCACAGUCUCUGACCUUAGGGCUGGGGUUGUUCGCUACCACCAUGAUGACAGUGACUCUACGAAAGAUUUUGUGGUAUUUAGGAUCUUUGAUGGCCUCCACAGUAUUCGCCAUAAGUUUCCAAUCAAUAUCCUGCCUAAAGAUGACAGCCCCCCUUUCCUGAUCAGCAAUGUUGUAAUUGAACUGUAUGAAGGGCAGACCAUUCUGAUCCAAGGCUCUAUGCUUCAAGCUUCUGACAUGGACUCCAGUGAUGACUACAUACUCUUUAAUGUUACCAAACCACCACAGGCUGGAGAAAUCAUGAAGAAACCUGGGCCGAACCUUAUAGGGUAUCCUGUCACUGGCUUCCUUCAGAGAGAUCUGUUUAAUGGACUAAUUUACUACCGUCACUUAGGAGGAGAAAUAUUUGAGGAUUCCCUUGAGUUUGUCCUAUGUGAUAGCCAUGACCCUCCCAAUCUCUCAGAGCCCCAGGUGGUGAUAGUGCACAUUAUUCCUGUGGAUGAUCAGCUUCCAAAAGAAGCUUCUGGGGUUACCCGUCACCUCACUGUCGAGGAAACUAAGAUAGCUCAUCUAACUAAGAAACAUCUCCAUUUCAUAGACAUGGAAGCACAAGAGAGAGAACUCAUCUACACAGUAACCACAUCCCCAUUUUUCUCUUCUACUCAUGGCCCCUCUGAUGCUGGGAAGUUGUUUAUGGUGGACAGCAUCCCCAAGCUAGUCAAGGAUCCUUCUGCUCCAGCACUAAGAUCAUUCACUCAGCAUGCUGUGAACUACAUGAAAGUUGCCUAUAUGCCCCCUAUCCAGGACAUUGGGCCUGAACCUCAGCAUGUCCAGUUUAUUUUUUCAGUCAGCAAUCAGCAUGGAGGCACUUUGUAUAGGAUCUGUUUUAAUAUCACAGUUCUUCCAGUGGACAAUCAAGCUCCAGAGGUAUUUACAAAUAACUUGAAAGUGGAAGAAGGGGGACUGUGCACCAUUACAGGGAGCCAUAUUCUGAUGUCAGAUGUGGACACAAAACAGGAGAAUCUCCACAUCUACCUUCAGAGGCAGCCACUGCAUGGAAUGGUAGAACUGGAUGGAUUUCCUAUGAACAAAGGUGACAGGUUCACCUGCCAGGACUUGCACACAUUAAAAGUCAGGUAUCAGCAUGAUGGCUCUGAGACUCUGCAUGAUGACAUCUUCUUUGCAGCCACAGAUGGCAUUAAUUCUUUAGAGUUUGUCCUACAGGUCAAGGUGCUACCUGUAAAUGAUGAGCCACCUAUCAUGAAAGAUGGCCUUGUUCCCCUAAUACAAUGUCCAGAGGGUGAGGAAGUGGUCAUCACCUCAGAGUACAUUUAUGCCACCGACGCAGACAACGACGACAUGAAACUGACUUUUAUGCUGGCUCGACAGCCCUACUAUGGGGUUGUGAGGAAAGCUGGUAUUGUCGUGGAUCGCUUCUCCCAAGCGGACAUUGUCUCUGGAGUAGUGACCUACAAGCAUACUAGUGGGGAGAUUGGCCUGACACCUUGUUUUGACACCCUAACCUUGGUUAUCUCUGAUGGUGAAGCUGGCAUGGAUGUGAAUGACUGCUGUUAUGAUGGACUUCCUCCUCCUCCAGUACCACUUCAUGAUUCCUUUCCAGUAUAUGACCUUAACAUCAGUGUAUUUCCAGUGGACAACCAGCCACCAUCCAUUGCAAUUGGUGCCAUGUUUGUUGUGGAUGAGGGUUUCUCAGCUGUUAUUACCGCUAACAAUUUGUUUGCUACUGACCCCGACACUGCAGCAGAUGACUUAGAGUUUGUUUUGGUUUCUCCUCCCCAGUUUGGUUACAUUGAAAAUAUACUACCUUCCCCUGGGUUUGAGAAGAGCAACAUUGGUAUAAGUAUAGCUUCAUUUCAGCUGAAACACCUGAAAGCCUUGCAUAUAAAUUAUGUGCAGUCCAGGCAUGUGAGGACAGAACCAACUUCAGACCAGUUUAUGAUUUAUGUCACUGAUGGGAAGCAUCAUUCAGUGGAGACUCCAUUUUAUGUCCUGAUCAACCCAACAAAUGAUGAAGUCCCAGAAUUCAUAGCAAGGAACAUAACUGUGCAGGAGGGCCAAAUGAAAGAACUGGAUCCCUCUGUAAUCAAUGUGAUUGAUCUGGAUGUACCUCAAGAUCAUUUGAUGUUUACCGUUGUCCAGCAGCCCCAGCAUGGAUUCCUCAUUAAUGGAGUUUAUGGCAAUGAUAUUAUGAGUUACAAAAGAUUCAUUACCAGUCACCACAAUCGUGAACGUCCUGUGCAUGACUUUUCCAUGGAGCUUCUUAAGAACGGAAUGAGGCUGAUGUACAUGCAUGAUGACUCUGAAAACCUCACUGAUGGUUUUACACUCCAGCUGUCAGAUGGGAAACAUAAAGUCCUCAGAACCAUUCUGGUAAAGAUCAUCCCAGUUAAUGACGAGAAGCCAAUGUUGAGCAAGAAGGAUGAGAUAGAGGUGAACAUGGGUGAAACCCGAAUAAUUUCUAGUGCUAUUCUGUCAGCCGAAGAUAAAGACACCCCCAGGGAGAGAAUUUACUAUUUAUUUGAAAGAAUUCCAGAAAACGGGCAGCUUCAGCUCAAGGUAGGUAGGGAUUGGGUGAUGCUCCAAACUGCAAUGAAGUGCACCCAGGAGGAAAUAGAUAUGAACCUUGUGAGAUAUGUGCAUACAGGUGCUAUGGGGUCCAGGAACCAAGACAGCUUCACAUUUCAUCUGUGGGAUGGGGACAACAAAUCCCCAGCACUGGACUUCUACAUAACUAUUAAGGAUAUGGAAAAAGGGAACAUUGCUGUUUUCGUAAGGCCACUUACUGUAUCUAAGGGGGACAGAGGUUUCUUGACAACUGAUGUUCUCCUUGCAAAUGAUGGAACUGAGAAACCAGAAGAGCUCCUCUAUGUGAUAAUCUCGCCACCUCAGUAUGGACAGAUAGAGUAUGCCAGCUAUCCUGGAGUCCCUAUUACAAGUUUCAGCCAAAUGGAUGUAGCAGGUCAAGCAGUCUGCUAUGUCCACAGUAGCAAGGCAGCUGCUCCUCGAGAUCUGUUCAGAUUUAUCAUCAGCAACGGAUUGAAGACUAAACAUGGAACGUUCGAGAUCAUGCUGGAGACAGUGGAUCAAGCUUUGCCCAUAGUGUCUAGGAACAAGGGGCUAAGAUUAGUGGAAGGCACUAUGGCACUCCUUUCUCCUGAUGUCCUGCAGCUUUCAGAUGCAGACACUUCCUCAAAGAACCUUACUUUCCUCUUGGCACAGCUCCCUCAAUAUGGCCAUCUGUGCUACCGAGGGGCUGUGCUGCUGCAGCACAAUUUCACUCAGCAAGAUGUGGACAACAUGGACAUGGCAUAUAGACAUGGAGGAGGGGGUUCUCAGAUUGACAGAUUUACAUUUGUUGCAACAGAUAGGACUAAUGAAGGCUUCAUCGUAGAUGGGAAGGUGCAAAUGGAGCCUGUGGCAUUCACCAUUCAGGUGGACCAUUUGGACAAAACUGCACCAAAAAUUGUUCACCUCCAUUGUUCUUCAGAUGUGGAGCUCCUGAAAAAUGGCAAUUAUGGGAUUUACAUUACUGCCAGGUCUUUGAAGGCAUAUGACCCCGAUACAGAAGAGGACCAAGUCAUUUUUAAGAUUUUACGAGGUCCUCGUUAUGGCUACCUGGAAAAUAUAACAACAGGUGGAUUUAUCCAGGAAGGAUUCAGCCAAAAGGAUUUAAAUGGCAAAAUCAUACUUUAUGUCGUCAAUCCAUCCUGGGAGGUGAAUUCAGACAGCUUAGAGUUUCAAGUCACAGAUCCCACCGGAAACUCUGCUGCCCCCCAAACUCUGGAACUGAGGUGGUCUCAGAUUGAAAUGCAACAGACUGAGUACACGGUGUGUGAGAAUGUGGGAAUGUUGUCUUUGAAAAUCACCAGAUCGGGGCACUCCAUAGACUCUGCCUUUAUUGCAGUGAAGGUUAUUGAAGUGUCUGCUACAUUGGGAAAAGAUUUUACUGUGACUCCCUCUAAGCUCAUUCAGUUUGAUCCAGGAAUGUCAACUAAGAUGUGGAAUAUAGCAAUUACCUAUGACGGAUUAGAGGAAGAUGAUGAGGUCUUUGAAGUAGUUCUGAACUCCCCUGUGAAUGCAAUUCUUGGCACCAGGACAAAAGCUGUAGUGAAAAUUCUGGACUCAAAAGGAGGUCAAUGCAGCUCUUUCCACUCCUCUGGCCAAAACAAGCACAACUUAUGGGGGACAGGCACAUUGCUUCCAGUUUCCUCAGGCUCCUCAUCACCCUCCAACCCUGGCACUGUUCACUUGGAAGGAAUCCCGCUGUCCUCUUCCAAAGAAAUAAUGGUGCAGAGAGGGGAUGUGUUACAGGAAUUCAGCUUGGUGAAUCUCUCAAGGAUGAGGCUUAGAGCCAUCAGAAAUGGCAAAAUAUAUCAUGGAUUGGUCUCUCUCAGAGUAGAGGCUGACACCUCAUCAGCUAAUGCAAACAAGGCUAACAAGUCAAUAAUUAACCAAGGGCAGACAAAGAUAAGUGUGAUCUCCUCCAGGAAGACAGAAGUCCCACAAGCUGAUAAGGCAGAGUUGAUGCCUGAAUCACACUCUAGCCAACAGGACCUGGUCCUCUCCUUUCCAAAGAGCUGCACACCUGAUUUAGAAGGGCUCUUGCAUUUUGAAGAAAGUACCCAAAACUUAUUUCAGUGUGAUGGAAUUUCGUGGAAGUUAUGGACUUCAAAAAGCAAGGAUGUUAGCAUGAAAAAAUGCCCAUCUGGAUGGAGCCAUCAUGGCAGCCGCUGCUAUUUCCUGAUCACAGAUCAGAAAGUCUCUUGGAACGCAGCUGCCCGGGCUUGCCGGGAACAUUACCUUGGAAGUCUAGCAAGUGUCAUCAGUAAACAACACAUGCAGUGGCUGUGGGGCUUCAGUGGAAGGAAGCCCUUUUGGAUAGGCUUUAACGAUCAAGUUAGUCCUGGCCAUUGGGAGUGGCAUGGAGGAGAACCUGUCACCUUCACAAACUGGAGAAGAAGUCCAUCUCGCCUUUCAAAGCAAGGAAAGAAUUGUGUUUUGGUGCAGAGGCGAGGGAAAUGGCAAGCAAAAGACUGUAGGAAGGGUACUAAGCACAACUAUGUCUGCUCAAGAAAGCUGUAAACAAAACUGACACUCAUACCCAUCUGGCCUUUCUUGUGCACAGAAUGUUUAACUUAUAUUUGCAGUACUCUGAGAGUAUAAGUUUAGAAAAGAAACUUCAUUAUUACCAGGGUUUAUUUUUAUACUCCUGCUGUGGUAUAUUAGAGUCAAAUUGAGUGAAUGCGGUAGCACAGUGCUAAGCCUACCAAGGAAGGGGUGGGCAAAUAGGUUCUCAUUAUAGAGACCCUCAGUCUAGAUCCAGAAUUCAAGCACCAUGAAGUUUCAGAAUGUUUGGUUCUUGGUUUUGGUAUGAGCUUAUUACAACAAUAGGGGCCACUUGCAAAAUUUAGAUCUGAAUCCAAUUUCAAUUUUCAAACACCCCUCACAGCAUUUGGAUCUGUCAUUUGUUCUAAUGAGAUGCCCAAAUUUUGUUACAUUGAAGACUAAAGCCUUAGGUAUUACACCUAAUUGCCAUGUAAAUUUAUUAAUUUACUUUUAAACAAAAAUAAACUAACACAACAGUCAAUUUGCAAGUUUCAUGAUUGCUGAAUGUAAAUUGUCUGUUGUUUGACUUCAGCAGCAAUAAAACCUAUAGAUUUACAGUUCUAUUAUCUUUGUUUUCAUUUGCAGUUAUAGGGAAAGAAGUGGCGGGGGAAGGGGUAAUGGGCUCAUCUGCAGAGUAAGCUCUGUUGCUGAUAUUGGGUUGCUGUUAGGGAUGCUAAUGCUUCUAUCAUUGCUGUUCUAGCUUGGUACCUGAUUCAGAACUCACUGGAGUCCAUGGGAAGAAUCUCAGUGGGAGAUGGAUCAGCAGAGCCAUCCAGAGGAUUCAGGGGGCCUUGGGUAUUUGGUGGCUGGGGGUCCCCGCUUCGGUGUUAAUUCAGCGGUGAGGGGUCCUUACGCUCCGGGACCCACUGCCGAAUUACUGCCGACGACCCGGCG